ACGGGCGCUCCUCAAGUGUGUGUUUUAAACCCGCCAUUCGGUCUUGAUUGUUUAAAGUGCUCGGUUUCCAGGAAUCGAUACGAGUCUAAUCGGAAGAGCGUCGUUUCCUCUGAUUGGCUCGUCCAGGCGCGCGCGUCUGCAGUGGGACUAUAUAAGCGCAACAGGCGACCUGCGGAUCCGAACCUCUCUCACCGCAGCCUGGGAAAAGACAGCACACACACACACAUACACACACACACUAAUGAACGCCGAAGUGCCUCUGAAACUGAACACUGUGUGAGGAUUCGCAAAGAAGAGGAAAACCGUUUGCAAAUCCAGCAUCACCCAGCGGCUUCAGCCCAGAGGGAUCAUGUGGGUUCUGGAGAAGAUCCGGGACUCAGUCGAAACAAAUGUGCUCCGCCAAGGAGAGGCGGGUGACAAGGGGAAGGCGCCUGUCUAUAGCAACGUCCUCACACCCGACAAGAUUCCAGAUUUCUUCAUCCCUAAGCUGGUAAGCUGCCCACCAGAGACCGACGCUUCUGACGUCAAGUCCAAAGAAAGUCUGAAACCCUCGACCUCGGAGCAAACCAUCAGCAACAAGAAGAUCAGCAGCCCUCGUAGCCCGCGACUGGUCAGCAAGUUGGCAGGAGACACCAAGAACCUGCUCAGGGCGGCUAACCGCCACAUCAUUCAGAUCGAGCGCGCCGACGAGUCGCGGGCGGGUGACACCAACGCCGACCCUCAAUCCCAGACCGCCAUGUCGCUUCCUUACAUCCCAAAGACUCAGACUUCUUACGGAUUUGCCACGUUGAUGGAGAGUCCCCACACCCGGCGGAAAGAGUCCCUGUUCCACUGCGACCACACCAGUCCGGUCACGUCACCCAAUACCCAACGCAAGUCCCAAGGCAAGAGCAGCAACGAAGGGAAUCACCUCAACCCUCCGGACUUCAGCAGCUCUCACAUAAACCCCUACCGGUACUUCAGCGGUGGCGAGAGCGACACCUGCUCCUCGGCAGAGUCGUCCCCGUUCAGUUCGCCGCUGCUCUCUCGCUCCGCCUCUUUACUGAAGAUCUUUACCCACGAGACACAGGCCAAGGUCGCCAAAGGUAAGCGGACAUUUGCCAGGCACAGUUCCUUAUCCACAGACGAGUGCAGCUCAGCGGAGCCCAGUCCUAACGUUUCUAGACGGAGCCAUUGUUCCUCUUUGCAAGGUGGCGGAGCUCUGGACCACCUUCACGGAGGACCGCCAACAAAAGAGCACACCAUCAACAUGCACAAAGGAGGCACCGUCCGGCUUUGCGCAGACUACGACGGAGGUACGGCCCGCCUGCGAAUCCGCAUUAUGGCGGCCGAGGACCUGUAUGAUCCCGUGUUUGACAUUAAGAGCAUCAACUGUUGCGUGUCGCUCUACCUCAAUCCGGGCAAGCUGCAGAAGCAGAGGAGCACGAUAAUCAAGAACAGCCGCAAUCCCGUCUUCAACGAGGACUUCUUUUUUGAUUCGGUGAUGGCUCAGGUUAAGAACCUAGCUUUGAAGAUCAAGGUUGUGAAUAAAGGCACUAGCCUGAAACGAGACAUGCUGUUAGGUGAACGGGAGGUCGCUUUGUGCAAGCUCUUGUCUGGAUUUUAGGCCCAUCAGAAUGGGACGCUGUCUUCAGAGGUGGAAUAAGUGCUAGAUAUUUGCUUUCGUUGUCUUUCAUGUAGCGGUGGUUAAUUUAGCAUUUACAGAUUCAGUAGCAACAACCACCACCUGCUCCGGAUCGAGGUGUCAGCAUAGCUUUAAAUUAGUUGCCCGUAAAUAUAGAGUCUAUGACAAAGUCUUUUUGUAUGUUGCCGUAUUUUGGUUGUUCUACGCGUUUAGCCUAAUUAAGACCAAGCGUUUACCUUUUUGAUUGUAAAGACUUCUUUCCAGAGCCGCAGUCCUUUGAAGCUUCACAAUGGCCCUCUGUGCUAAUGUUAGCUUUGAUCCGGGACGCGUCUGCUGGCUAAUUUGGAGGACAAAUAAGCAGACUGAACAAUGUUGCGUCACACUGCAUGUGUCGGAGUCAGACUUUGGCGUAAACUUGUAAAUGCGAUGACGUAUUCUUGCAAAUGUGCAGAAUGUCAUUUGGUGAAACCCAGAAGCCUUACUAAAGAUCGUUUAUCGUUUUGGUUGGUUUUUUUUUGUCUUUUAUUUAAAUUUUUUUGCAUGUUUAGAUUUGCUCAGAUUAGAUCAUUUUUAGACUGAGCAUUGUUAUCUGUAUCUGUUUGCUGGAUAUCAUUGUAUGAAAUGAGGGUUCUGGCUU